AGUAUUAUGUUGUGAUGUCGUUCCUCCCGUGCCGCAGGGGGCGCUCCCCUCAGUAUCCAAUACAGCUCAAGUUGACAACCCCGUGUUCCCAGGGUGCACCUCUUUCGUGCAACCCCAGUGAAUGACCUCCCUCAUACACACACACAGAGGAGCGCAGAUAGAGCACACGCUUCCCGGGGCUGACACAGAAAAGCACCCUUUUUUAAAAAAGGUAGCUCUGCAGUCCUGCAGUCCUUUAUUAAAACAGUCUCUGUCGAGCAUCCCUGUGCUGUUGUACCGUCCCCGUAUCCACGAUGGCCGGAAUAAAGGAGCUGUCUCCCGACGCAGGCCCCGUCGAAACCCGGGCCCCCGAAGACGAAAUCGAAGGAGACGACGAGGACGAUGAGUUGGAGGAGACUCUGCCGGAGCGGCUCUGGGGUUUGACGGAGAUGUUUCCUGAAGGGAUGCGCUCUGCGGCCGGAGCCACGCUCCACUGCUCUCUCUCCCUCGCCAAGACCAUGUACAGCUUCACCCGCUCUGCCCUGUGGGUCGGCACCACCUCCUUCAUGAUUCUGGUUCUGCCCGUCGUCUUCGAGACCGAGAAGCUGCAGCUGGAGCAGCAGCAACUGCAGCAGCAGAGACAGAUCCUGUUGGGUCCGAACAUGGGAAUGUCCGGAGGGAUGGCGGGAAUGAUGCCGCCUGGUCCCGGGAAAAUGUGAUCCGGGAGCGAUUGUCCUGAAUCGAGAGCACGUCUGGGAAUGGCAGAGAUGGAGAGAGAGUAGAGCACGGGGUCGGUACACAGACUCCCUGACACAAGAACUGAACCUCCUUCUCAAGAGGAGAGAAGGAAGGGAGGGAGGGGGGGAACAGUGACAUGAAUCUUCUGAUCUGAACCUUCGUCAGCCCUGAUCCCCUUAACCCUUUCAGCACUGAAGUACCUGAGCCCCUCUGCCCUCGCUGCUCUACAAAGCACCCUGCAAUGACUCUCUCAGACAGCUGCUGUUAAUUUCUAUUUUAUUAACUCAAAUACUAAACUAUGUUCCAGUGGGGAGGGGGGUGUGUGUAUGAAAAUGACAUGUGACCGGGAUGGAAGUGAGACUCCCGUUCCACAGCAGUUUGAUCCAUUCCUGGUUUCAUUAGGAGUUUAUUAAAAAGACACACCUGAGCGUGUUACCUAGACACGCUGGGGCUAAUCAAGCUGGUAGCAGUAAAACCUGGGAUGGGUGGCACUGCUGUGCAAUAGGAGUCUUAUUCCCAUCCCUGAAUGAUGGGGUGCAGUUGGGAAAGAUGCAGAUGAAUUAUAAACAGUUGUGGAGUUUGUGUUUUGCGUAACUAUGUAAGCAGGCAGUGUAUUUGUGUUAUUUCAUGAAAAUUUCUUACCCGUAUUUCGACUGCUGCUGCAUUUCAUAAAUGAUGAUUCAGAGAUGCUGCUUGAUCACAGGAAAAUUAAUUGAAUUCAUAUAAUAAUAACAGGAAUGGAAAUAAGACUCCUAUUGCACAGCAGUGUCACCCAUUCCAGGUUUUACUGCUACCAGCUUGAUUAGCCCCAGUGUUUCUAGGUAACAAGCUCAGGUGUGUCUUACUACUAGUGUAGGAGGCUGUGUGGUCCAGUGGUUAAAGAAAAGGGGCUUGUAACCAGGAGGUCCCUGGUUCAAAUCCCGCCUCAUUCACUGUGUAACUCUGAGCAAGUCACUUAACCUCCUUGUGCUCCGUCUUUCGGGCAAGAUGUUGUAAGUGAUUCUGCAGCUGAAGUCGCCUUGGAUAAAAGCGUCUGCUAAGUAGAUAAAUAAUAAUAUUAUUAAACUCAUAGUUAAACUACGAAUAGAUCAAACUGCUACGCAAUAGAAGUCUUAUUUCCAUCCCUGCAUUAAUAAUAAUAAUAAUAAUAAUGUAGAUGGGGAAUUUCAACAUGAUGAACUAAACAGAUUGCUUGAACAAUAGUUUUUGAUAUUGCAGCUUGGUGGUUUUUUUUUUUGGUUUUUUUUUAAUUAAGUGGUGGAUCUCAAUAUGCUAAAAUGUAUACAUCAGUUAUCAGCCAUACGUCCCUGUGUUUGUAUCUAGUACUGUUAAGAGAUGGGUUAAUAAAUCAUUCUUUAAAGUUUGGAGUGGUGGGGUGCAAGUAUAGUAAGGAGAUUUGAAAAUGCUCCAGAGAUGGAAAUAAGACUCACGUUCCACAGCAGUGUGAUCCAGUCCUGGUUUCACUAGGAGUUUACUAAUAAGACACACCUGAGCUUGUUCUAUAUGCAGACUGAGGCUAUUCAAACUGGUAGCAGUAAAACCUGGAAUGGGUGACACUGCUGUGCAGUAGGAGUCUUAUUUCUUAUUUCCACUCCUGUGCUCUACAGUAAAAUACGAGAAGUUUCCGAGGUGUCAGGCUUCUGGAACACUAGACGUGUGUUAAGCCUUCAAGUGCCGCUGCCAAGAUGAAUCAAACAUGUAUGGGAUUGUAUAGCCUUUAUGAAGAGCCUGUGAAGUCCUAACUAAUGAAAGUACAUUCUGCAAUGAAAGAUUUAUUUUAAAAACUUUUUUUUUUUUUACGUUUGUAAGAUAUGUUUUUAAAUGUGACAGUGGACAUGUGCCUGAGUCCUCAUCAGGUGUAUUUUUUAUUUUUUUUUCCUUACUUUAUUUUUGCCAGGGGUUUCCAAUCAAUCAAAGUCCUGGAGGGUAAUUCCACUCCAGGUUUUACAGAUAAAAUGAGAUAAUGAACCAGUUCAGGGUCUGGAUGGAGGUUUGUUUAAUUGGUUCAAUUGAACAAUGUGGAACAGGGUUGGAACAAAGACCAGGGGUGGAAGUGCUGUCUUGGGACACCCCUGCCUUAAGCAGGAUAAACAUACACACCCAAACCACAGAAACGACUUUGAAAUGCAGAUUUCGUUCGAUUGGCAACCUGCAGACAUGUCUGCAUUCGAAGGUUUAAAACCGUGGUUUUCUGUGUAAGCCAAGCUGAUUAUGUUCUAGAGCAGGGGUCUCCAAUCUACUGUGGCUGCUGGUUUUCUUUACAACCAAUCUCUGUUACUUAAUUGAACCAAUUAUUGGCUUAAUUAGCCAAGAUUAACAGGUGUUCCAGAUCUUUAGCCACUGUUGAUGUAAAGACACCUAUAAAGCCUGCUGGAUAGGGGCUCCCCAGGACCAGGUUUGGAGACCCCUGCUCUAGAUGUUACUGUAUUAAUGUUACUGCAUGUGUCAGACAGCUUCAUAACUGCGUAAGUUACCAGCUGGGCAGCUGAUGUUGAUGUGAAGGUGUAUGGAGGCCCUUUUAAAGACAUAAAGCUGGAUCUACAGCUCUGGCCAAUAGUUUUGCAUCACCUAGAAUUUUAGGAUUGAGACAUUAUAUAUAUAUGUGUGUGUGUGUGAACAUAAUUUAGAUAUUUUAUAUUUAUUAUAUUUUAAUCAAAGAAACUACACAAUGAUAUUGCUAAGAGGUCUACCGGAAGCCAUAAUAGUAGUACAGUAGUAUUUCAUGUUAGAUUUCAAAGUGUCACAUUUUUUAAUUUGUCAGUUUUUCAUAAAGUAUAUAGAAAACUACGAAGCGGUGUGUAAUUCAAUAUGUUAACGUAACAAAUAUUCAGCAGGUUUCAUUCGACUUUAUGAAGCCAAAUUAGUUCAUUCUAUAUAGAGGGUGAUGCAAAACUUUUGGCCCGAGCUGUAGAUUUUAGUUUUACUUCUCCCUUGCAUUGUUCUGAAUGGGUCAGGUCAAAAGGAAGGAGACACUUCUUCACACAGAGAGUGGGGUGGGGGUGGAACGGUUUAGCUGUUGAUGCUGAAUCACUGGCAUCCUUUAAGACCCGACUUGACAGAGUUUUGAGAUCAAUCAGCUGCUCGGAACCGGACGAGAUCUGAGGGGCUGGACGGCCUCCUGUUGCUUGUAAACUUUUUCAUGUUUCCACUCAGCUGGCUGCAUGGUAAAUUAUGAGAGCAGAUUCACAAGGUCACAGUAUCACAUGGUUUCUCAACUCUAGGAAGCAAACUAAAUACAUAAAUAAAAAAGACUACACAGGUUUGAAUUGAGCAGUAGAGAAAAUAAAUUCUCAGUAUUGUAAGAACAAUUAAAUGGUGUUUAAAUCCUGCUGAUGUGUGUGUGUAUAUACACACACACACUUUAAGCAAUGCUUCACUGUAAUGUCCAGAUAUUUUUUACAUCUGUUGUGAGUGGCUGACUGUUUCUCAUCUCUGCCAGUGUGUUGAUAUAAAGAUAUGCAGCAGCAACUC